ACAGUGAAGUAGUCUGGCACAACUCGCAGCCAAAAUAAGCUACUCAGAAACUUCGGAAUAAACUUGCUCCGGUCUUUGGAUGGCUGCCUGUAUUUUGGGAAGGCGCAAUUUUUCGCACUCUGGAGUUUCAGAUACCAUUUGGAUUUACAAAGUAUGAAAAACGUGUUUGUUUGUGGACUAAGUGGAACAUUACCAAAAACUGGAGUGUAAAGAAUGGCACUUGGAUACUAUGAUCAUACUUCUUUCUGCUUUACGUGUAUUGGCGACGUCCUAAUUAGCUGACCGUUUUUGGAACUUGUUUUUGUGGAGUCGCUUAGCUCCCAGACAAAGAAAAGUAAGAUUAACUGGUGAAGACCACGGAAAAUCAUGGUGCCUGUCAAAGCAACUAACUGACCGUUCAAGAUGAGAGGAUGGAUGACACGAGCAGCAUGAUCUCUGACCACAAAGACGCCAACGGCUUUGUGAACAGAGUGUUCGAUGCAUCCUCGGAGGUGGAGAAGGAGACCAGGAUCAUGCGGAUCCCGGACCCUGAGGAAGGGGGUGGCUCCGGCCUGCGUCUCCCUAGGGACAAGGCGGAGGUCAGCCGAAGGCCAAAGAAAACGGGGAUCUGGAGGAUCCUCAACAGGAGGAAACCGGCUUCUGGUAGCGAGAGACGACCGCAUUCUUUGAUCCUACCAGGCGAGGCCUCUGUGCCAAAACUAUCCUUCAUGGGCAAAGUUAGGUCCCUUAAGAAGUUGAAGUCCCCAUCUGUCUUUAAAGGGAAACUGACAAAACUCUCAGGUGCAAAGCCAAGCAAUUCCCUCGAGGAGGGGCCUGAGGAAGAGUCUUUUUCUAGGGAUGAGUCUGCCCACAUAUACAUUCAACAAAAUCUGCUUAAGAACAGGGUGAAGAGGCACUCUUAUGCUGGAUGCACCAAAGAUUUUGACUACACCUUUGAGGAAAUAGACUCUAUUAGUACCUCAGAAAAUGUGCACAGAGACUUGUUAAUCAAACAAAAUGGCUGUAAAUCACAGGAAAGCUUAUCUUAUUCACAGAAGGACCACUCCAACUUCUCAAACUGUAAUAACUUGAGUGGUCAUGAGGGACACUACCUCAGGGACUGUCCAAAGACCCCGCAAAGUGGGAGAAAGUCCAAAGGGGCGGACGUGUGGAGUUACCUUAGAAAAAUCUCAUUCAUGGGAAAAGGAAGUUCCCACAAUUUGGAGAAGAGUUCUGACUCUGAUUUUCACACAUUUGACAAAAUAGUGGACACAGACUGUGCCUCUGCUGACUUUGAAUGUGUCAAAGAUUAUAGCCCCACUCCAAAAUCAACUGGCACGGAUAAUAAAGGCGGCCAUUUUGGAGGCAUUUUACGGUUCUUCAGCAAUGUGGCUGUAACAGCCAGGAAGUGGAGAAACUCCUCCCGGUCUUUCUCCCCACCUGAAGGAGAGCAAUCUCCUCUGGGUUCUCCUAGAGCUGACAGGUCAGGAGUUUUUGUUCACAGCGUGUCUUUAAACUUUGGGAACGAAGGCAAAACCGGGUCCCCCACCCCACUGUCUGUGGUGUCCUCAGAUUCAGGCUUGUGUGUGGCUCUUUCACCCACGAGUCCGAUGGGAGACAGCUCUCCCCAUGUAGUUCUGAAAUCAUGGAAAUCUUGUCCCGAACCACCCAGCCCCAAUGGUGUCCUUAACAGAUGUCCAUCCACUGGAACAGAAUUUUCAACAUUUUCGCCAAACAAUUCUGUGGCCUCCAUAGAGAAUGACAUUGGGCAUGAAAACAGUGUUUUUCAAGAGAUAGGUACUCAGGAGGAUAUUUGCCCUCCUGAGGAAGAGUGUGAUUUAGGAAAUGAUGUGGUCAAUGGCUCCAUUUCUUCCAACCAUAAACAGGAUGACGAUGGGAAAAUAAGUGUGGAUAUUGAAGAAACUGAACUGCAAAAAGACACAGAUUCUCAUAGUUUUGAGAAGGCAUUGAAGCCUCUCUGUGGCCCCCCUGAUGUCUCCCCGCGGGACCCUCUUUUCAAAGCUGCUCUCCAGCGCUGCUGCUCCCUCCCCCUGCCCCAGAUCAGCCCCUCUGGAGUGGACCAGACAAGCUGGGGACACCUGCUGCCGGCUGAGGCUUCUCUCCGGUCAGACGGGGUUCGGCUUCGUGACAACCACGCGGGAACCGGUGGGAGAAGACUAAUGAGGCCCGCGUCUGAAGAGCUGCACAUCAACACAUUGAUCAGCGGAGGCUCAAUCGUAAGCGCAGAGGCAGUAUGGGAUCACGUAACCAUGGCCGACCGGGAGUUGGCAUUUAAGGCAGGAGACGUCAUCAAGGUCCUUGAUGCCUCCAACAAGGACUGGUGGUGGGGGCAAAUAGACGACGAAGAGGGAUGGUUCCCCGCCAGUUUCGUGAGGGUCGAACCCAACCCUCCUCAACCUCAAACAAAACAAGUUUUCUAUAUCAACCCUAUAGCAGCUCCAAGGUUCCAAAACACAACUUCCAAGCUAUGGGUGAACCAGGAGGAUGGUGCAGUGGAGGCAGUGGAGGGGACCAGCGAGGUCCAGAACGGCCACCUGGACCCCAACAGUGACUGCCUGUGUCUGGGCCGGCCGCUGCAGAACCGGGACCAGAUGAGGGCCAAUGUGAUCAACGAGAUCAUGAGCACAGAGCGGCACUACAUCAAACACCUGAAGGAUAUCUGUGAGGGAUACUUGAGGCAAUGCAAAAAAAGAAGAGACAUGUUCAACGAUGAUCAGUUGAAGGUCAUAUUUGGAAAUAUUGAAGACAUUUACAGAUUUCAGAUGGGAUUUGUUCGAGACCUUGAAAAGCAGUACAACACAGAGGAACCUCAUCUUAGUGAAAUUGGGCCUUGCUUCCUAGAACAUCAAGACGGCUUCUGGAUCUACUCGGAGUACUGCAACAACCACCUGGACGCCUGCAUGGAGCUGUCCAAGCUGAUGAAGGACGGACGCUACCAGCACUUCUUCGAGGCCUGCCGGCUCCUGCAGCAGAUGAUCGACAUCGCCAUCGACGGCUUCCUGCUGACGCCCGUGCAGAAGAUCUGCAAGUACCCGCUGCAGCUGGCCGAGCUGCUGAAGUACACCGUCCAGGAGCACAGUGACUACCGCUACGUUGCUGCUGCCCUGGCCGUCAUGAGAAACGUCACCCAGCAGAUCAACGAGCGCAAGAGGCGACUGGAGAACAUCGAUAAAAUUGCACAGUGGCAGGCGUCUGUCCUGGACUGGGAGGGGGAUGACAUUUUGGGCAGGAGCUCUGAGCUAGUUUACACCGGGGAGAUGUCCUGGAUCUACCAGCCCUAUGGGAGAAGCCAGCAGAGGGUUUUCUUUCUGUUUGAUCAUCAGAUGGUCCUUUGUAAAAAGGACUUGAUACGCAGGGACAUCCUGUACUACAAAGGCCGCAUCGACAUGGACAGGUAUGUGGUGAUCGACGCUGACGACGGCAGGGAUGACGACUUCAACGUCAGCAUCAAGAACGCCUUCAAGCUGCACAACAAGGACACGGAGGAGAUCCACCUCUUCCUGGCCAAGAAGCUGGAGGAAAAGAUCCGGUGGCUCAGGGCUUUUCACGAAGAGCGGAAAAUGGUGCAGGAAGAUGAAAAGAUAGGGUUUGAAAUCUCUGAAUAUCAGAAGCGGCAAGCUGCCAUGACAGUGCGAAAGGUGACUAAACAGAAAGGUGUAGGCCAGAACAGAUAUGUGCCCCCUACAUACCCCCCUCCCCUGGACCCCAUGAACCCAGGACAGUACAUGGUAGCUGACAGCAUGGCACAAUCGGAGCUUUUCGAAUUUAGCGAACCCAGAAGGAGCCAGUCUCCCUUCUGGCAAAACUUCAGCAGGUUAACACCGUUUAAAAAGUAGGGAAGAGUAUACCUUUUUAGAUGGACCAUCCUAUUUUUUUUAGAAGCACUCUACUAGCGAUAAAUCAAACUUGUGAAUAACUCAUCAGAGAGGAAAAAAGGACCAAAGCUGUUUGGAUUGCCACCGAUUUAUAACCAUCUGACUGACUGAGAACUGUAUGAUUAACUUUACGUCUGCUGUUACCAGUAUUACUCCUGCUGAACCUAUUACCACCAGUACCACCCCAGUAAAAGACCCGUCAAGUCUGAUAUAUCCAUAGACCAAAACACUUGCGUUUCUCGUACUCUGUGAAAUCGUUUCAUUUUCUUGUGAACUUUACCCAUUGGACCUUGGCAAGGAAAACACAGAGAAUAAUUUUCCUCAGAGAGAACUUGGUGACAAACUGACGUUGUAAAAAAAGCACUAAUAUUUAAAAUAGUUUUGCCAUUCUGGGUGUUCCCCUGUAGUGCACUGUGCUCCCGGUGCCAUUUCCUGCUGCUUAUAUUGUUUCCCCUGUCUGUUUUGUUUUUUAUUUUGGGAGGGAGGGGUGAGUAUUACUUAUAUCAAAGCCUGUUUCUGGCGGAUCAAGGAAAAGUUCAGACUAAUGACUACUGUUUGCGUGCAUUCUUUGAAUCUCUGGUGUUCUCCUGUUGGCUGCAUGGAGAGGUCUGUUCAUCUGCAGGUUUUUAUGUGCAAUGCUGUUCUUACGGGUCAAGGAGGGGGAAAAAUGAAUCGGCAACCACAACUGACCACCAGUUUACCACGGACAUGCCUUGUGCCGCAGACAGGGUACUUAUUCACCGUGGAUAACGCUAACUUUUUGUCGCAUGUCAUACAGGGAUUUCUGUUCACGUAAAGAGAUGAUCGUUUUCUUCAAAACUGUACCGGUUUACGUUGCCUAUUGCCGAGGCGGGCUUUUAAAGUUCUGAUCACACUGAAUUAUUAAAUGGUUUUGUGCACUCCUGGCCUUCGUUUUCAUAAAAGGAAAUGAUCAUUGUCAGGAAGAGGCCUGAGGUUACAUAUCUGUAAUAUUUUUUAUUGUGUUCAUUUGAAGAGAUGUAUUUAUCUGAUCAAUAUUUUCAAAAAGAUGUCAUUAAAAAUUGAAAUGACUGACUUGUGCGGGAUAUCUACAAAUGCAUCUCCCGGGGCUAAACGAGAAAGGACCGGGGCACACUGCUUUUCCGGUUUUAUUGGCCGGACGGAAAUGAAAACGAAAUCCAGUUGUCUCGGUGCAGCCGUGCAUAGCCGGCAGGGUGGGUGUCAGCAUUGUAAACAGCACUUCCGUGCUGGUGAAACCUACCCUGUCGUACUGCAUUAACACCUUGUGUGUUGAGGCCCCAGCACCCCUGACACAGUCACUGUGAUGGAAAGAGAAACUGAUGGAAAGAAAGUUCUGUGUUCGUACUGUUCACCCAGUAUGUUCACAACAGUCAAGAAAUUGUGUUUUGUCAGAGAAUAAAUGUGUUCGGGCUUUGUUCACUGUGGAAAAUGGCAAUUGAUGCAGCUGAAGGAAAAAAUUCACAAAAAUCUAAAAGUAUUAUUAUGAAUUAAUUAUUUUUUGGUGUCACCACUACCACUGUUGUGCUUUUAAAUCCUGCCCAGAAAAACAUCAGAAUGAAUGAUUACCACAGAGAAUAUGAAAUGACGGCCUCCUAAAUAAAUUUUUUAAAUGGAAAA